AUGACCGGAAAGCAAAUAUCUCUGCGCAAGAAGCUCUGGCCAAAAAGUCCUAGCAAGAUCAACAAGAAGCGCAAAACUUUUGUUCCCUAUAAUAGCAGGGAUCACAAAUUGACAGGUCACCAAGAGUCGUGGGCUCGAUCGCUUACUAUGUCACUUUCCGGAUGGCGUACCCGACAAAAGUUUCUCAAGUCUCAGCUUGAAGCUCAUCUCAAGACCGAAGCCGAGCGUGACGUUCUGAACGCCCAGGACACUGCUCGAUAUGUUGCUCUGCAGAUACAAAAGGGUGAGCUUGAUGCGAAACUGCAGGCUGAAGCAGCACAAGAGUACGCUCAGAAAGCUGCUGUAUGGGCGGACGUUCCAUCUCCACCCAAAGCUCAGCCAGCACCGAUUGUUCAACCAGCACCGGUCGUCGACUGGAGGGUCAAAGCUCACAACGGCAUCAUCAAGAAGAAGCUUUUAAUUACCAAAAGGUGGAGCGCAGUGACUUGGAACCAAAAGUCAAACGUCCAAGAACGCCUUCUUUUGCUGGAAGAUGAUGGAUUCGACAUCAAAGGCCUACAAGAUCGGAAGGCCACCAGUGAGGAAAUCACAGCGAUCAUUCUCGAACGUGCGGCUGCACAGCAACAGCCUAGUAUCACAAAUGAUACCCUGAUGCAGCAGCCUGAAGAGUCUGAGAAGCAGCAAGAAGGAUCUCAGGACUCAUCACUGGUAUGGCUUGAUCCUGUGUUGAAGCAGUCAACAUCAUCGCCAGCAGUGUCAGCCUCCCCAUCACCCAAGCAUGCGCCAUCACUAAGGUCUCAACCCACGACAGAUGACCCGGCAGCACCUUUGCGUCAGCCUGUACCAGUAUCUGGACCGCAGCCCGCAAUACCUCCCGUCAUCGAAGACAAUGCACAGCCGUUCUACUUCGAUGAACCUUACCAACCUCGAGCAUCCCCUCGACUAAAGCGCAAAUACGAUCGUGGCAUUGAACAAGGCCUGGAAGACGCAGCCGGCUCUUGCCUUGCUUUCAAGAAGCGCAAAGUUGAGGACCUAACAGAAGACGGGCUUCGACUGCAGGCUCUGCAAGAGAUCAAACGCAAGGCUCUCCGCCGUGUCUUUCGGCCUGCACGGUCAAUUUGCCGAAAAUCUACUCCACUAUCGAGGGUUGUUUUCUCUGCUGAGAUUGCGCCCAUAAAUUGUACAGAGAAGCCCUCAAUUACCACUCUGGACUAUCUGUACGCUAAGCGAGCAAAAGAGCAAACAUCCAACGGGCUCCUCCGUGUAUCUUCACAUGGCUUCGAGCAUAUGAUGGGCGAGUUGCGCUUCUUGACAGACACCAGCAAUCUGGCUGACACUGACAUAUCUAUUUACGACCCAGACUUCGACGAAGAACCAACCUAUGGCUCUAUAAGUGCAGAAGAUCGUAUCAAGCAGAACUUGCGUAAGCUCCAGCGCCAAAAGUCGCGCAUCGCCAUUUCGAAAGACGAAAGGGGCUGUCUGGUGGUCCAAGGCGAGACAAGGACGCUGGCUGAGCUGUUCAAAGUGCUCGGGGAACAAGGGCUCUACCAUACCGUCGAUUGGAAGUGGGAUGGACUGCGGUUGAGCCCUUCGAGCAGCAUCCCGUGGUCGUUGAGCCCGGAGACGCAAAGUACGCUGAUGGAAGCCGAAUCCCGACUUAGACGAUAUGCGUAA